UCGUAGAACACUUUUCUACAUUAGUUAAUCGUACGACUUUUAUCUUAUGCUGCACAAAUUGUCUUUAAUUGCAGUCAUUUAAGUCAACCUCGAUUAUAAGGAUUCCGCCAUGUUCUUGGUUGCAUUGUUGGUGAAUUCGCAUAAAACCUCGGCAACAGAAAAAUUGGGAAAGUAGACCAACUGUAUAAACUGUGCCGAUAAUUACAAAUACGAUAAAGGAAAUUCGUUUGUAUGAAAUCGAAAAUAGUAUACUGGAACUCAUUACUUGUAACCACCCGCUAUUUAUUCACCCAUUGUCUUUUUCGUCCGUCAAAGAAUCAAAUCGUUCACCGAAGGAAUAUACAUAGAACGAACCGCAAAAUAAUGGAAAUCUUGCAGUAUCCCGAAGCAUAUCGUGAUCACGCCGUUGUCGAUAAUUAUCAUGGAACCGAGGUGCCAGACCCAUAUAGGUGGCUGGAAGAUCCUGAUUCCGAAGAAACCAAGGCAUUCGUUGAUGCUCAAAAUGCUAUUACUGAACCAUAUUUAGCAUCGUGCAAGGCACGCGAAGACAUUCGUGAUAGAUUAAAAGUAAUGUGGGAUUUUCCAAAAUAUUCAUGCCCAGCUAAACACGGGGAUUAUUAUUAUUUCUAUAAGAAUACUGGUUUACAAAAUCAAAGUGUUCUAUACGUACAAGAUACAUUGCACAGCGAACCAAAGGUGUUUUUAGACCCAAAUACUUUAUCGGAAGAUGGCACUGUGGCAAUUAGUAGUAGCAAAUUUAACGAAGAUGGUAGUAUAUUUGCUUAUGGAUUAUCUAGUAGCGGAUCUGAUUGGUGUACGAUUCAUUUUAUUAAUACAAAAACUGGUGAAAAAUACCCAGAAAUACUGGAAAAAGUCAAGUAUUCCCCUAUAACAUGGACUCAUGAUAAUCGCGGUAUAUUUUAUGGAUGUUAUCCUGAGCAGGAAGGCAAAGUUGAUGGUUCUGAAACAAAAGGUAAUAGAGACCAAAAGUUGUGCUAUCAUAUUGUGGGUACACAGCAAUCAGAGGAUGUUGUAGUAGUUGAAUUUCCCGAAGAACCAUUGUGGAGAAUAGGUGCACAGGUUUCUGAUUGUGGAAAAUGGCUAAUUAUCACGCCUGUGAAGGAUUGCAGAGAUAAUUUAGUAUACUUUACGGAAUUGAAACCAGGAGCAAAAUUAAAUGAUAAAUUACAAUUAACGCAAGUUGUUCAUAAACUUGAAGCAGAUUAUGAAUAUGUAACGAAUGAAGGCGCCAAGGCUAUAUUUCGGACAAACAAAAAUGCUCCAAAUUAUAAAUUAAUAGUUAUAGAUUUAUUGGAUUAUAAUGAAGAGCAGUGGGUCGAUUUGUUACCAGAACACGCUAAUAAUGUAUUAGAUUGGGCUUGUGCAGUUAAUAAUGAUCAAUUUGUAGCUUGCUACAUCGAGGAUGUUAAGAACAUUUUACAAUUACAUAGUUUAAAAACUGGCGAAAUAAUCAGAACAUUCCCAUUGGAUAUAGGCACGAUAGUUAGCUUAGCAGGGAAGAAAAAAUACUCCGAAAUAUUUUAUCAGUUCACGUCCGUUUUAAUUCCUGGUAUUAUAUACCGAGUUGACCUUAAAAAUGAUGAAGAACCGCAGGUAUUGCGAGAGAUUAAAGUGAAGCACUUUGAUCCAAGUAUGUACAAGAUCGAUCAAAAGUUUUAUACAAGCAAAGAUGGUACAAAGAUUCCGAUGUUUAUAAUAAUGAAGCACGAUGCAGUUGUUCAUAGCCCUAUGCCAGCUUUACUGUGUGGUUAUGGAGGUUUCAAUGUAAGCAUUCAACCUACGUUUAGCGUAACAAAGCUAGUUUUUGUCCAGCACUUAAAUGGAGUACUGGCGGUCGCAAAUAUUCGUGGUGGCGGCGAAUACGGCGAAAAGUGGCAUAACGGUGGACGAUUUUUUAACAAACAGAAUGUAUUUGAUGAUUUCCAAGGUGCUGCCGAGUAUCUCAUUGAUAAUCGUUAUACCACAUCUUCAAAAUUAAGCAUCUUAGGUGGCAGUAACGGAGGUCUGUUGAUCGCUGCAUGUAUAAAUCAAAGACCUGAUCUUUUUGGCGCUGCGGUUGCUCAAGUCGGAGUGAUGGAUAUGUUGCGUUUUCAUAAGUUCACGAUUGGCGCUGCAUGGGUAUCCGAUUACGGUAGCUCCGACGACCCGAAACAUUUUGAAAAUCUUUUGAAAUAUUCCCCAUUGCAUAAUGUACGGGUCCCGGAGAAAGGACAAUACCCAGCUACGUUAUUAUUGACUGCAGAUCACGAUGAUCGUGUAGUUCCAUUGCAUAGUCUUAAACUCAUUGCAACUCUGCAGUGUACACUUGGAAAAUUACCACAACAAACAAAUCCUUUACUUAUCAAAAUAGAUACCAAGUCCGGGCAUGGAGGUGGGAAACCUACUAUGAAAGUGAUUGCCGAAAGUACUGACAUUUUAGCAUUUAUCGUGAAAUCUUUGAACUUAGAAUUCGUAUGGUAACACAUAAAGAGAAUAUUAAUAUUAUUUACAUUUUUUACAUAAUUCAAUACAUUCAAUGCAUUUAAAAACAUUCUGCAAAACACUGUCUUGAAAUAUUCUAAAAAAUGUUUGUCCGUAAAUUAUUUUAUAAAACGAAAAAUUUUAU